CCGAGUUUCGAAUCCUAACCGACAUUCCUAGUGGAGUAGUGAUAAAAUCCGCGUUUUGUUGCCGCGGAAGAAAUAUCGCCGUCCGUCGUGUGCUGUAGUACACACGAAUUCAAAACUAAUAAAUUAUCGACUUAUCGUCGUCAUGUGCCGCCGCCACCGUUUCGAACUCACGCCGGAAGGACGCAAAUCGUCGGCGUGAUCCACGAAAAUCCGUCGGUGUUUAUUCACGCGAUCUAGAACGUCGUCGGCGGGACGUUUUGCGCGCGUUUCACUCAUCAACUUCGUUUUAAAUUUCGACUGUACCGGAACAGAUAAUCAAAAAGAAAACGAUGGCAGACGUAUCUCUAAAAGAAUCUCCUUGUUACAAUUCUUUAGUAACUACCUCAACACCUUACAAAAGCAUAAACGACAGUGGCUAUGAUACUCCAAGUUCUAUUUCCUCUAGUCUCAGUCAGAUAUCUGAAGUAUCUUAUUCAUUUGAUCACACGCCAUCAGAUAUUGAUUCACUUCAAUUAUCUUCACCAAUUCAUGAUUUUUCCCUAAUCAAAAAAAAUGAUAGAAAAUUAGAAGAUAUAACUAAUAAAGUAGAAUCUCCUACAAAAAAAUUAAAAUUGUGCUCUGACUCGCAAUUGGGUUUUCGUUUACAUGAAACUUCAAACAAUGAUGAUAGUCAGUUCCUAAAAAGGAAAAAUCUCAUUCCAUCAAGAAAUGUGAACCAUGAACGCAUUUCUAUAGAAGGUCGAGAAAAAGUUGACUUGAUGUAUUUUCUAUCAGAGCGUUAUCAUUUCCAACCAGUCAUAGAAAAAAUAUUAUCUUUUUUAUCUGGUAGUGAUAUUAUGUCAAUGUGUAUGGUAUCUAAAGUUUGGUGUACUGCUAUUGAAAAUUCUCCAAUUGCUCAAAAAAAGAAACAAAAGUAUUUUAAAUUAUCAAAAGAAAAUCGCUGUGGAUAUGAUGGUCGAGACCGUUCGGCUUUUAACAAUAAAGGAUGUCUAGCUAAUAUUAGCAAUUUUAUGCGUUCUCCAUCAAAAAGAGAAUUACCUCAAAGAAGUCCACCCGUCAGUCCGAGUAAAUAUAGAUUCCAUGUAUUUCAAAAAGAAGCCAAAAAAUUAAGUUCAGAUCAACAAUUAAUUCCAUGUCCACGGUGUUCAAGGCCAGCAUCAUGGUCACCCUCUCAAUCAACUAGAGCAGAAUGUAAAGGUUUUCAUUGUAAAUUCAUAUUCUGCACUGAGUGUAAAUGUGAAUAUUCUAACAAAUUUGAACACAAAUGUUUAUCUACACCAAUAUUAUCAAUGUCAUCAUAUAACUGUCGUCCUAUGGUAUACAAUUUAAGCAAAAGGAAACAUUACUUACGAAGACUUUGAGUGAAUAUAAUAUUUUUUCAAAACAUUUUACCUCAACAGUGUCUUAAAAUGUUACUUUAACAUUUAAAGUUGUAUGCUUUAUUAAGAAUGUAUUUGUAACGGUAUGAGAAUCAUAAUUUUUUUUAUAUGUUGUUGUUAUUAAUAUAAUUUUUUUUUUCAAUUUUGACCAAUUCGGUUUUUUAUAUAUAGUUACUUAUUUUAAAUUAUAAAAAUUUUCAAUUACUUAUGUAAUUUUAUUUCUCAUAAUUAUAAUUUACAAGUGUUAUUAUAAUUAUUUGCUCAAUUUAUUACUAAUUUAUAAAAAUAAAGAAAAUAAUUACAUACUAUAAGAUUUUAAAUUAAAUUUUUAAUCGACUGAACCUUAAAAAGUAAUGUUACCAAUGGCUUAUUGUCAUAACAUGUAUACUAUAAGAACAUUAUUUUAGUUGAAAACUCAUGUACAAAUUGAUUUAGUUUAGCUCUCUAAUGUAUUUUUAAGUACUUUGUUUUUAUAUUUUUAAAUAUACAAUUAACAGUUCUACUUAAUUUUUGUAUCUUUUUUAUUUUAAAUAAGUUUUUAUAUUAACGUAAAGUGAUUUUUUUAAAAUAAUUUAAUAUGUUUAUGUUCCCACAUUUCACAACUUUACGGGUGCAUAUUUUUGAUUUUCAUGACUUAAUUUUACACUUGAAUCUCAUUUAUUUUAAUUUUGUAUUAAUCACCUUUGUUUACUAAUCUAUUUGCCAUUUAAUUUUAUGGUUAUUUGUUAACCAAAAUUAUUUCAACAAUAAUACCUUUUAUAUUUUAUAAAUAUAUACUUGAUAUUAAACAUUCCUCUGCUCAAUUUUUUUUUAUACUGUGUAUCUUUUGUAUAUUACUUAAAAGUUAAGUAAGAAAAAAAUUAAAUGUACUUUAUAGUUGAUUAAGAUUUACUUAUAUAUUUUUUAUAACUUAAGACAAUUUGUGUAUAUUAUAUUUUAUAUAUAUAUAUAUAUAUCUACUAAAUUGAUUUGAAAUAAAAAUUAAUUUAUAUGAUA